AUGCCCCUGUUGUGUACAGUCGAAGGUGGAUUAGGCGACAGAGAGCCUCCAGACGGAAGCAAGCAGCCUGAUUCGAUUCAGGGGGGCGAGGGGAGGUCAGAUUGGGGUGAGAAGACUGCAGGUGGUGAUAAUGUCAUCGCUUGUGGAGGCGUUGACUCAUGUGUCGACGAACAAGGGGAUGGGAGAGAGAUCUCUCGUGAAACCGAGGAAGGUUUUGACAACAUGGAAAAUGAAGUGUUGGACGAAGUACUCGGUGAAGCUGAAUUUGGGAUCGUCUACAAAGGUCGAUAUGGAAAAGACGGAAAUGUCACUGAUGUAGUGGUGAAGAAGCUAAAAGGCCCUAAUGCUAUUGCAGAAAAAGCCCUGCUCAAUGAGAUAAGGACAUUAAAGCAUGCUGGAAAACACCCAAAUAUUAUCACUUUAGUUGGCACUCGGAUAGAGGGAGGAAAUAUUCUUGUUGUCACUGAAUUGAUUCGUGGUGACAGCCUGGAAAAUCUCUUAAAGGCCAAGAAUACGUCAGUGGAAUGGAACAAAUAUCAAAACGUCUGCUGUAAGCUGAAUGAUCGGCAAUUGGUUACAAUUGCAUUUCAGAUCGCCGAGGGAAUGCAACAUCUAGAAGAGAGAAAGUUCGUUCAUCGCGAUCUAGCAGCGCGGAAUAUUUUAGUCGAUGCCAAUCUGGUGGCUAAAGUUGGAGACUUUGAAUUGGCCAAGGACAUAUCCGAAGCUGGUAUAUACACCAUAACCUCAAGCGGCAAUUUUCCGUGGAGAUGGUCGUCGUUAGAAUCUCUACGGGAUCUAAGUUUUACAUCCGCAAGUGACGUGUGGCCGUUUGGUAUUGUCUUAUGGGAAAUCGCCACUUAUG